AAGAAUUACGCGUAGCUAUUAACCCAUCAGCUCGUGUAUUAAUGAGUUCCUACCAAUCUACAACUGGAGUUGGAAGUUGGAACUGGAGCACAGAACAAAAUCAGUUAACGGCUCUGACCAGGUAAAAACUAAAUGCUGGAAUGAAACUUCAAACUUGACUAUUUCUAAUUUUAUUUUAGUCUGUCUUGCGAAAAUAAAAGCAUCCCAGCCCACUUUUAAGCCAUUACAAUUCUCCUGCACCAGCCCUCUCCUGGUUCACCAAGAUAGUACCGUAAAGGUAGUUUGUUCUGAUUCGAAUUCUUAAUUGGCACACGAGAUGGGUGCAGGGAGUUGUUUUACUUUCUGUUUCAAACAAAAAGCUUCUUCUCCAACUUGGGGAACAAUAGAACUUGAGGAAGAAGGUUUAAAUGUAGACAAUGCUAGGCUCUACAGCUACGGAGAUUUGCGAAUUGCAACUGAAGAUUUCAGUCCUGUAAAUAAAAUUGGGAAAGGAGGGUUUGGUUCAGUGUAUAAGGGGAGGCUAAAAGAUGGAACACUGGCUGCUAUAAAAGUGCUUUCUGCUGAUUCAACUCAGGGCGUACGAGAGUUCUUGACGGAAAUAGUGACAAUUUCAGGUCUAGAACAUGAAAACCUGGUAAAGUUGCAUGGCUGUUGUGCUGAAGGGGACCACAGGAUAUUGGUCUAUGGCUAUCUUGAAAAUAAUAGCCUUGCUCAGACUCUUCUUGGUGGUCACCGCAGCAGCAUUCAAUUUAGCUGGAAAACGAGGACUAAGAUAUGCAUAGGGAUUGCUCGAGGGCUUGCAUUCCUCCAUGAGGAAGUCCAACCCCCUGUUAUACAUAGAGAUAUAAAAGCAAGCAACAUUCUUCUUGAUAAAGACCUUACACCAAAGAUUUCAGAUUUUGGUCUAGCGAAGCUCUUUCCGUCUAGUUUAACCCAUAUUAGCACACGCGUUGCUGGGACUCUAGGUUAUUUGGCCCCUGAGUAUGCAAUUCGAGGCCAGUUGACACGGAAAGCUGAUAUAUAUAGCUUUGGUGUUCUCCUUUUGGAGAUUGUCAGUGGUAGAUGCAACACAAACAAGCGGUUGCCUGUCGGUGAACAGUUUCUUCUUGAAAAGGUGUGGGUUCUUUUUGAGAAAGGAGAGCUAGUUCAAAUGGUUGAUCCUGAUUUGGGAGGGGAUAUUGAUGUUGAUGAGGCUACCAGGUAUCUGAAGAUUAGUCUUUUAUGCACCCAAGAUGUGCCUAAAAACCGGCCAUCCAUGUCUACCGUGGUGAAAAUGUUGACUGGAGAGAUAGAUUGGGAUGAAAAACAGAUAGCAAAACCUGGGAUUAUAGAGGAGCUUAUGAUUCUGAGGCAUAACAGUACCACAACUUAUACAGUCUCUGCUGGCUCUGGAAAGAAGGGAAAUUCAUCAUCUUCUGAGAACACAACCAUGACAUAUCCCUCCAUGAGUUUCUCUUCAAUAUAUGACCGGGACACUUCAAUAGAUGACCGGGACAGUUAGCUGCUAGAAGACUCAAACAGCAGCUUUGUUUAUCCUUCUAGGUUGCAGUUUUGAGCACUGAAUCUCUGUACAUUAUUUAAGGCUUCUUUUUCUUCCCUUAUUUUUUUU